CUCUCGCGAGCGCGGGCGGGCGGGCGGCGAUGGCGGGAGGCGGGCUGGUGGCCGAGGGUCGCCUCAGCGCCGUAAGCUUCGCGCUUGGAGUUUCCGUCGUCCUGUUGCCGGGCCUGACCGGCGCCCCGGCCACUCUCGCCGGCCGCGCCCAGCUGGCCAUCUACCUGGCUGCCAUCAACGUGCUACUGGUGCUGCUGUACCGGGGCUUUCACUAUCAGAUUGCUGUUCGGGCCUGUUUCCUUGGUUUUGUUUGUGGCUGUGGUUUAAUACUGAGCUUUGGAGGAUCAUCAUGGCAACAUUUUGGCUGGUAUUUGUGCUCUCUGAGUUUAUUCCAUUAUUCGGAAUACCUUGUGACUGCAGUUAUUAAUCCCAGGUCCCUCUCUCUAGACUCUUUCUUGUUAAAUCAUAGUGCAGAAUACAAACUAGCAGCCAUGUCUUCAUGGGUGGAAUUCACCAUUGAGAAACUUCUCUUUCCAGAUAUGAAGCAAGUUACGUGGCUCAGUUUCCUUGGUUUGCUGAUGGUACUAUUUGGCGAAUUGCUGCGCAAAGCAGCCAUGCUAACUGCCGGGUCAAAUUUUAAUCAUAUCGUACAAAACGAGAAGGCAGAGACCCACAGGCUCGUCACCUCUGGAGUCUACUCUUGGUCCAGACAUCCGUCCUAUGUGGGCUGGUUUUACUGGAGUAUUGGCACUCAGGUAAUCUUGUGCAAUCCCAUUUGCAUUGUCGGGUACACGAUGGCUUCAUGGCGUUUCUUUCGUGAACGCAUUGAGGAAGAGGAGAUGACUUUGAUCCAGUUCUUCGGUGAAGAUUAUGAGCUGUACAAGAAAAUGAUUCCAACACGGCUCCCCUUCAUCAAAGGUGCCAAACUAGAGCCAUGAAGUGAGAAAAGACAAUAAGAAAGAAAUGCACAAUCAGAACGGCCUGUGACUGCAGGCCACCGUUAACCCUUAGCACCUCAAUAUUGUUUGAUUUCAACCUUGAAAAGAAUUCCACAGCAGUUGCUGUUGAGAAUAUCUUAGCUAGCUUCAAUCUGUUGGAGCAAGAGUGUGGUGCUGCAGAAAUCUGCAAUGGAGCACUGUUGUGGAUAGUGGGAACUGAAUAUUCAGUGCAAACGUUAGAGGCCACUCACUCCAGCUAUUGCUUUGACAAAGCCAUUUAUUAUAGACUUGUUACUUCAUAUAAAGACUGUUUUUGACCAAAAAAUAUCAAGGAGGGCUGCUUUAUAUAUUUAGGGAAGAUGCGUUAUUGCAAUAUGCCAACAUACUGUAUCAGGAAAAGUAACUUAAAUAAUUAAGUUUUGCUGUAAACAAAGAUAAUCAUGGUUUGUAAAAGAUAGGUGGAGUUACUUUUUUAUUUUGUCUUGACCAGAAUAUGUUGCAUUUUAUUCAGGAAAUUGUUGAAAUUAAUAUUUUACAUUGAACUUUUUUUAGAAAAUGACAGAGGACCAGCUUUUUAAUUCUGAUUCCUGGUUAGCUCAACAACCAGGCUGAUGGAUUGUAAAUUUCCUUUUCCUGACAUCAAUUGGGUGAUGUCUCAGCCCAACUCCUACCAGGCAUGGGCCAGUUUCCUCAAAGUCUGCCUCUGAGUUCGGAUGAAUUAGUCACUAGGUCGGUCGGCAUCCUCACAAAGCGUGUGAGCUGUGUGUGGUCAUAUUUGGGCAACCAUCUGAGUUUGGAGCAGAGGGUACUGUUCAGGGAGCUUUGCUCUGUACCUCAUGUGUGCUGUAUCUGACCUAGAAAACAAUUGUGAUUUUGGGUGCCUGAACUGAAACUCCUUCCCCAUCAUUGAGAAAUAUAGAUACAAAAAUUGGCCACCACCUAUUCAGUGAAAUAUUGUUACCUCUGUGCCAUUGAGGGGAAAAUGGAGAAGUAUUACUAUAUUUAAAUAUAGGUGUGGGAGGGGGGGGUGCAAAACACUGCAAAUGCUGGAAAUCUUAAAUAAAAGCAGGUGUAUACCUGAAGUUUGAUGAUAUUUCUCACCUUUUGCAUGCUGACUGCUUCCCUAUGCUUUUUGGCAUUUUCUGGUUUUGUGGCAGCAUGAUCAUACACUUUCAUCGGUGCAACCCCAGCUCGGUAUUACCAUGAGCAGAGUUGGGGCACAUUAACGUGCACUCACAUGUGAGGGAAAUUUGCUAUUAGCCACAUUUCCUUUUGGAGUCAAUCAAUACAUAUCUUUUAAAUUAAAGAAAAACAUGCAUUAAAACAUAA